AUGAGAAUUUAUCAAUGUCAUUUUUGUUCCUCCCCAGUUUAUCCAUUACAUGGUAUCACAUUUGUCAGAAAUGAUGCUAAAGAAUUCCGAUUCUGUCGUUCCAAAUGUCAUAAAGCUUUCAAACAACGUAGAAAUCCACGUAAAUUAAGAUGGACUAAAGCUUUUAGAAAAGCUGCUGGUAAAGAAUUAGUUGUUGAUUCAACAUUAACAUUUGCAAGUAGAAGAAAUGUUCCUGUUAGAUAUAACCGAGAUUUGGUUGCCACUACUUUGAAGGGUAUGAGUAGAAUUGAAGAAAUUAGACAAAAGAGAGAAAGAGCCUUCUACAAGAAUAGAAUGAAGGGUAAUAAAGAAAGACAAUUAGCUGCCGAUAGAAAAUUAGUUGAAGAUAACCCAGAAUUAUUGAGAUUAAGAGAAGUUGAAUUGAGAAGAAAGGCUGAGAAAUUAGCAGCCAAAGAAAAUGCUAUGGAAGAAGAUGAAGAAAUUGUUGAAGAAGACGAAGACGAAGACGAAGAAGAAAUGGAAAGCGAAGAUGAAGAAAUGGAAAGUGAAAGUGAAGAAGAAACCGUCAAGCAAAAGGUUUUGUUAAAAAACAAAAGAAAAGCUAGAAAGUAG